AUUAGAACACAGUUUCCCAUACUUUUAACCGUUGAUAUCGCUCGUCUACACAGAGGAAAGCAGAGUAGCGUCUAGAACCGCACGCACGCAACGGCACCCCUUCAAAUUUGCUUCUGACACUUAAACGCGUAAACACUGAGGGAAACCUUUGCACGCGACCUGCAGAACAUCACGGUGCUUUUGUCAACACACUACGCAUCUCAAAGGUACACGAGUGUAAACAAGCGAGGAGAGACUGAGAGCAAAAAAAAAACACUCGAGAGGUUCGCCAAUAGCCAUAUAAAACAACCUUCAACGAACCACUUUUUCUUGUUUCCCUUGUCUCUUGCUGGUACCCGUUCAUCUCUGCAACCUCAGCUGAGCCGUCGAAGAGAGACACAUUACACCAUAUAGACCGUCCUGUACAUUCUCAGUCACUGCAGUCACCAAAUAUGUCCGACAAAGAAGCGCUUCUUCAUUUCCAACGCAAGAGAGUCAGCUCUGAGAUGGUCCAGUACCUCGUUGACGUGACGAACUCGCUGAUCAAAGUGAAGACCUCCGCGUAUCCAUCACCACCGUCUUCACCAUGUUCGUAUUCCCAGAGUGCGUCACAGCCAGUGCCGCUUUUCGAGUUCAUCCGUCGCUUGAUCAAACACUCAAAUGUCCAAACACCAACGCUGAUGUCCACUUUGGUCUAUUUGGCACGUCUAAAGGCUAUUCUCCCUUCAAAUGUGUAUGGAAUUGAAACCACUCGCCAUAGAAUCUUUCUCGGAUGUCUGAUCCUAACGGCAAAGAGUCUAAACGAUUCGUCACCAAUCAAUAAGCAUUGGACUGCUUAUACCGAUGGCUUACUACAAAUUGAGGAGGUGAACACAAUCGAACGUGAGUUGCUGGAGUACCUCAAUUGGGACCUGACCAUCACAAAUGACGAUUUGAUCGCCUCACUAGGAUACUUCUUAGAACCUAUAAAGAUGGAUUUGAAGAGACGCGCACAGGAACAGCUCGCACAACGCCAAAAGCUGUACUACACACCGGCAAAUACGACUUCAACAACUCGCCUUUCGGCGUUGCUAUCUGCCACUCCAAGGGCACAAGACUCUAUCGUUUCUGCUUCUUCUUCACUAAGCUCAAUGCCAAGUCUGAUGUCUGCAAGCAGCUCAAGAUCAACACUCUCGAGCCUUUCAUCUGCACAGUCAAACUCUUCAUUACAUAACCACUUGAGACAACCGCCAGUACUACUGGAAGAGGUACAACCUUUGAAGACGAAGAAUAUGAACGUUGUACAGAGGGAGAUCAAGAAACCAGCGUCUUCGUUCAACAGUCUGGUCAACGCUGGUACGCUAAAGGUUUGACCGCAUAAUGAGUCCCACUUUAAUCAGAGAUGAUAGUAAAAUUUCAGCGCACUGUGAACUCCACGGGUUGGACAGCAGGUCGAAUACAGCAAACGAACAAACCAAAUCACACUUAGUGAAUACAAUGACAAUCU